AUGGAGCCGUGUAGCCAACCUCGGCUCCUGCAAAGGCGAGUCGCAACCGCGCCAAUGCUGCUACAACCGCUCCACAGGACACCGCAUUCUGGAGAAAAGUGUGACGGAGACAAUCAUGCUCUAUUCCAUCACGCGGACGCCAAGGUGAUCUCUCUUGUCGCGCUCAGCGACCAGACGUUCAGUUUGGUUAGCAGCAACCGAGAUCCUAUCGGGCCAUGGCAAUCCCAUUUCGAGAGAACAAUCGCAAUUGGCUCACUCAAGCUUUAUCGAGCUCCAGGCUCUGUGGCUUUCUUGAGCUGUGGGAAUGCCUUACAGCCAAUGUUCCCCAAAAGCCAAUGCUGGUGCAUGGAGGAGGACGGCAGCAAAUUCAUUUUACAGAUACGGCCUCCGAGCUAUUGGCGAAUAGAGCUUGCUUCCCCGCAGGCGCCUGGUAGUAGCCUUCGCGACUGUCUCGAGUCCGUUCUGCUGCUGGAUAAGACUCCAUGCCCUUUUAAGGAGUCUGUGCCAAUCUUAUUACUCCCUCCAGACUCUCCGCCUGCGAAACAACGACGACCGUGGAAACCACUACGCAGUUAUCCCUCAGAGCCCAUUCUAGCGAGGGAACUGGGAAACCCGAGCGGCGAAAGCCACCUACUACUCCAGGGUGGCUUGGCCAGAGAUGCGAUGCCAGAGCAUCAAGGCCACCAUUCGAAGGAAACAGUACAACGGGAUGACCAAGGUCAUAGAUCAUUCACGCUCAUCGAAGGGUCGGCGAUAACUGCAGAAAAUAUGUCGUACACCGCUGAAGAUGAGACAAGCCCAGGGGAAGUCACUUCAAGCCUAGCCAAGAGCCACAGCUCCUCUGAAAGCAUAGUAUUGGCAAAUGGCAGCGAAUAUUGUACUGACAUGGGGCCAUGGUUCAAAAACGAACUGAUGCAGGAGAAGGAUGCACGUCGGUAUACCAUUGCGUCAAGCGGGCAUGAUGCCGAAUUAGAGGGUUUGAUCCAAAGAGCCAGGGGCAGCAUGCAGUCACAAGAGCUGCUGAGCCGCUGGGAUAUAAUAACGGCUGGCAAAACUCUUGCAGAAGUGGAAGUGGUCCUCGGGAAGAAUGUGUCGACUUCAGGUGCGACGCCAUACGGAACUUCGCAGCAAGCACCACGGCUACGACUUGGCCGAAAGGAGCUUCUUCCCUCGUCAACAGAGGCAACCCCAGAUGCUUCGGGGUCGGCACAGGCCGGUUUACUGCCAAAAGCCAUAUUUAUAUUGCUGCGUACCAUUUUGCAGGUUGUUAUAGUUGGACUACUUCGGAUAACAGGGACAGCAGCUGUGAACUGGUGGAAGCCCAACAGUCCAACUGGGGGCGCGCAACGCAGGUAUGGAUACCAGCCAAGUAAUGGCAGUGUUGCUUUGCACAUCCCAGAUCAGGAUGCCACUAUGAAUCAAGAUGCAUGGAAUGGACAGUAA